AUAAAAUGAAACUGUUCGACAAAAAAUAGUCAAAUUUCUUAUUACUCGAAAUCGCAUUAAGCGAACAACCAAACAAGUAAACAAACUUAAGAAAAAAAGGACACCCCAUCCAUAAUCUCAAUCCGACAGAUAGAAAGUGAGACUCUGUCCUCGAUAAUUGCAAAGACCUUAUUUAGCAUAAUCAUCCCUUAACGUAGUUGUCGGGAUUCGACCCCGGCGAUAAGUGACAUAAACAUAGUAAACAACCUUAAGAAAGGUGGAGUUGGAAGACGACUAGCUCAUCAUUAUUUGUCAAAACUGGAAUGAGCGGAUAACAGUGACCAAUCCACGUUCAGUAAAGUAGCUCAGCCAAAUCCGCCAAUCACAAUCUCUCCCCUUUCUCUCUCCUACCCAUUUCAAACUCGAAACGCAAUAAAAUAUCUCAAGAAAGAAGAGGGUAUACGGAUUGAAGCAAAACAGAGAAAGAAAAAGGCGUGUACAGCAAGGCGGAGUAGUAUUUUGGAAUCUCUUUUCUCACCUGCCAACUUCCAUUUUUGUAUACUUUUAUGCCCCCCCUUCCCUCACUAUCUUUUGUCUUCUCUCUUUCAAAACUUUCUUCAAUCGGACGUUUCUGUUUGUCUUUUAAAGAAAUAAAUAAAAAAGAUCUGGAAAAGACUGGCCUGGCCUGUCAGUUUCAUUUUCCAUGACCAGUACGCUUUGCCAGUCGUUACAGAGAGAGAAAGCUCAACCAUUGCGGAGGAAGAAUGCUCAUGGCCUAUUUCUCCUUGCUGUUUAAGCUUCUGUUGGAAGCUGGGUGCUGAUCAACGCUUUUUUCUUGUGUAAAUUCGAAUAAAAAUCGAUUCUUUUUCCAUAUAUUUGUGUGUAGAGACAGGAAGUUACGAUUUGAUAAAGAAUAUGGGCUUUUCUCCACUUUUUUGCUGCGUCAAGGGUUCGGGGUAUGUCCUCUUCUUGAAUUUGUGCUUUUCCCUUAUUUGUUUCAGUCUUACACUCUUACUCUCGCAUCAUUUUAUCCUUGUUGAUCCGCUAUGGUUGAUGCUAUUAUUGAUUUUCAGAGUGGCUGCUUAGAUUUUGUCUAAAAGUGACCAAUUAACCAUCCUUGCCAUCCUACUUUUGAUCUCUAAUUUUAUGUAUAAAAGUUCUGUUUUGCUGUACAGUGGAAAAUCUGGGACAGUUUCUUAAUAUGUAAUGUUAAUUAUUAGUACUAAUUUAAAUAUUAUGGAACUAGAGUUAACUCUAUCUUUGGUCAAGUGUUGUCAUCCGAUAGGAGAAUACUAAUAUAAAACGCAGGCUGUCUUACAAGUAGAACAGAGACAUAGCAUAAUUCUUCAAAUAUGAUUUUCAUUGUUUUCUCAUUCGAUUUUUAGGAAUGAAUGAGUUCCAUCUCUAGAAAAAAUAGACAUUUCUGAUCUGUUUACGCACAUGAAUCAUGUUUUGCUCCACUGUAACAUGUUUUAUUUUAGUUAUACAACAAGUUUGUUGAAUGGGAAGGAAUGUUAUGUACUUUUCUUUAUAGAAUGUUGCAUUAUACAGGAAGGACAAGUCAAAGAAGAAGCCAAUGUGGCGGGUUUUUUCUCUGAAGGAAUUGCAAUCAGCUACCAAUAAUUUUAACUAUGACAACAAGCUGGGAGAAGGCGGAUUUGGUAGUGUUUAUUGGGGUCAGCUCUGGGAUGGAUCACAAAUUGCAGUCAAAAGGCUAAAGGUUUGGAGUGAAAAAGCAGAAAUAGAAUUUUCAGUUGAGGUUGAAAUACUAGCCCGUGUACGACACAAGAAUCUGCUGAACUUACGGGGCUAUUGUGCUGAAGGGCAAGAACGUCUGAUUGUUUGCGAUUAUAUGCCGAACCUAAGCUUACUUUCUCAUCUUCAUGGGCAGCAUUCAACUGAAAUCCUUCUUGAUUGGAAGAAAAGAAUGAACAUUGCCAUUGGUUCUGCCGAGGGGAUUGCGUAUCUGCAUCACCAUGCAACACCGCACAUUAUCCAUAGAGAUAUUAAAGCUAGCAAUGUCUUGUUGGACUCUGAUUUCUGUGCACAAGUUGCAGAUUUUGGGUUUGCAAAGCUCAUGCCUGAUGGGACAACACAUGUCACUACUAGAGUAAAGGGUACGCUUGGUUAUCUUGCCCCGGAAUAUGCAAUGCUAGGAAAGGCCUCAGAAAGCUGUGAUGUGUACAGCUUUGGCAUUCUUUUGCUAGAGAUUGCUACUGGCAAGAAACCGAUAGAGAAGGUCAGUGAAACUUUCAAGUCCCCAAUCACAGGUUGGGUGCUGCCUUUGGCUUGUGAAGGGAAAUUCAGCGAAAUUGCAGACCCAAGGCUUAAUGGAAACUUCGUGGAGGAAGAACUGAAAAGAGUUGUUUAUAUUGCGCUCGUUUGUGCUCAUUCUCAACCAGAGAAGAGACCGACAAUGCUUGAGGUGGUUGAUCUCCUCAAAGGCGACUCUGAGGAGAAGUUUGCUGCUAUAGAGAAUGAUGAAAUGUUUAAAAAAACUCAGGCUGUCAGUCACAAGAAUGAAUUUUCUGAACCGGAAGACAGCUCAGAGUUCUUCUCGGAAGAAAAGGUAUCGAAGCAAGAAAUUGAGACGGUUCAAAUUGGCCCUGAAGUGUGAACUAAUUCAAACUGCUUUGAGGAUCAUUGUAGAGAUGCUUCUUGGUUUAUUUUCCGCAGAAUGCUGAAAGUUUAAGGCAGCCUGUGGGAUACAUUGGCUUCGGAAUUUAUGGAUGAUUUGAGUGUGUUGUGGGAGUGUGAAUAUCUACGUGAUAUGCAAUUUUUUUGAUUUGUUUAUCUUUGAACUCUGGAUUGAACACUAAAAUGUACAAGCUUUCUGUCAUUUGGAUAAUUAAAAAGCGAGUAUCUUUCUAUUCUUUGUUGGGGAGUAUUUUUUCCAAGCUAACUUUGUCUUUAACUUUUCC